AUGCAAGUGGACAGGCAGGUGAAACACAGCAAGAGAAACUCUCUUGUGAAGCGGCUUGUCGUCCAUCUCUCCGGGCAGCCGCUUCCCCCUCAAACCCCCCUGUCAGGAAUGCUACUGUCUUUCUGGCACAACACACAAGGGAUUGGGCCCCAUCUUCUCCAUGUACCGGAACUGCCUCACCUUCGGUCUCACGGCUGGCUCCAGAUCCACCCUUGCUCUUUUCGUCGAAAAAUUAGGAAGUGGUUCAUCGGCUUAGACUGUUUCUGGGCCUCCAGAAAUUUCUCAGAAAACAAGCCCACAGUCUCACAGGCUGAGCAGAGAUAUGGGCGCAUCCAACAGCAGAGCUUUCUCCGACUCCCUCAUGUCCAUCAUUGUGAGCCAAAGAUGCUGCUGCAGCAUGACAAGACUGCCUAUACAGCGGCCGAUUCCCUGGGCCGUCUUCUUUUUGGCUCUGAGCACUAUUUUGAGCACUUGUGCGUCAUUGGCCGACUAGUGGAAAUGGAGAGGUAUUGUUCCUUUAUUAAACUGCUGAAUCUGGCACCAAUUGACAACAUGACAACAAACAGUUACGGCCCUGCCAAAUAUGGCCCUCUAGUGUCUACACCGAAUAUUUCAGAACACGGUGCUGGCUGGUCUGGGGACCAGGCGGCGAGCCGCUACCAAGUGUUCCACAAUGAGGAUGAGCCCUCUGAAGGGGCCGCAGGUGCCGAGCCGUCCACAUCCUCCCAGGCCGCUGCCGCCGUCGUAGGCAUCAGCAACCCCACGAUGGAUAUGGAAGCUCCGCCUCCUCCUUAUACCAGCUUGGUACUCGGAGCAACAGCUGCACCAGAGAGCACAUUUACGGGGGACUUUCCCGUUCCUCCACCAUACAGCGUUGCCACGUCUCUGCCCACUUACGAUGAGGCAGAGAAGGCCAAAGCGGCAGCCAUGGCUGCCUCAGUGAUGGAGGUCAUUCCACGAGAUGAGGAUUUUCCAGUUCGGGAUGACUUCAGUGAUGCUGAUCAGCUGAGAGUGGGAAAUGAUGGAAUCUUUAUGCUGGCCUUCUUCAUGGCCUUUCUGUUCAACUGGAUUGGGUUUUGCUUGUCUUUCUGUUUGACCAACACCAUUGCUGGCCGAUAUGGUGCCAUCUGUGGCUUUGGCCUCUCUCUUAUCAAAUGGAUUCUCAUUGUGCGAUUUUCAGAUUACUUUACUGGAUACUUCAAUGGGCAGUACUGGCUCUGGUGGAUUUUCCUUGUUCUUGGACUCCUGCUGUUCUUCAGAGGGUUCGUGAACUACCUGAAAGUGCGUAACAUGUCAGAAAACAUGGUGUCUUCACUCCGAACCCGCUUCUUCCUCCUGUACUAGAGGUCGCCUCGCCAAAACAUUCCUCCCUAAUGUGAAAUUCCUUGAUGAUUUGCAACCCGUCAAAUGAACUGGACUGGAUCCCACUGAGGGGAAGAGGAAGAAGAGAAAAAAGAAAAUGAAUAUCCCUGCCAAAUGUUCUGAACUGAACUCCGUAAAAGCGGAAGGGUUUUCAGCACUCCAAACGAGUGCAAAUCAGCUCUUGAUAUCCAGUUUUCACAUCAUAACUUUCCAGUUGGCCUCAGCACAUAAACUUCUGGUUUAUUACUAGAUUUUGACAAGACAAGACAAAAAAAGAAAGAAAAAAAAAUUCCCUUAAUGGUUAAUCUUUCCACACACUGCAUGCAGAGUAAUGGAUCUGUGUACUGGGGUUGGAAAAACCGCAAAAGAUCACUAGAAAUAUGCAGCCAAGACAUCCUAUGCAAUGUCUUUUACCAAACUGGGUUAGCAGUCUUAAAUGGAUGACACUAGAUUAGUAUAAUUCUCUUUGCUUCAUUGCAUCCAAGGCCUUGGCAAGUUUGAUUGCAUUGCAGUAUUAAUAUUCCAAGUUUAGAUUAAUAUACAAGUUUAGUAACUUUAGCUAAAUAGUCGAGUUAACGGCGAUGUAAAGUACAAUUGCACAGUUUCUCUUCUUCUUAAAUUGUGUCUCGCUUAACUUUAUAGUAAAUGAUUAAGUAACUUCAUUGAUGUGUUUCAAACUGGAAAUGGAAUUUGUACUUACCCUAAAAUAUAUAUUUGCCUUUUGCACCUUCAGUUUUUCCCCAUUUUUUUUUUUAAUGGUUAUUGGCUGUUUUAAGUUGUGACUUUGCUCAAGCUGUGACCUGCCUAUAUUACUUUAGUUACUUGAAUGCCUGAAUGCUACUGCCAUUUGUUUCUAUUCAUCACAAGCAUCUUCAGCAAUAUCGGAUAUUAAAAGAAAUGCAUGGUUAACUCGGUUACAGCAGUUUAAAUGAUUAAUCCAGUAAACAAAAACAAACAAACAAACUUACAUUUAUUAAAUGUGUGUAAACCAACCAAAUGAAUUUUGUUGGAAUAAUUGAUAUUUUGAAUAUUCUCUGAUUGGCAGAGAUGAUUGUGUGCUAUGUUUAUUCUGUUGUCUUGCAUAAUGCCAAUAAAAUUUGAAAUUCCAGGUA